AUGUCCGACACACGAUUAUAUUCCUUCUCGCAAGAGACCAAGGACAAACUACGCAAGUUUCGUCUGGGAACGUCAAGAGCAAAGGACCCGCAAGCCAUCAUCUAUCUGAUCGACACCAAGACCAAAGAGAUCCGCCCCGAGAAUGACGAGGUCUACUCCAAACUGGAGGAUCUGGCCGACGAGCUGCCGGACUCGUCGCCGCGGUUCGUCCUGCUGAGUUAUCCGCUGACUUUGUCCUCCGGCCGUCUCACUGUCCCUUACGUCCUCCUCUACUACCUCCCCGAAAACUGCAACCCUUCUUCCCGGAUGAUGUACGCCGGCGCGGUCGAGCUGAUGCGCAACACGGCCGAGGUGAACCGCGUGAUUGAGAUCGAGAGCGAGUCGGACGUGCUGAACAUUGAGGCGAAGCUGACGGGGUCGGAGUAG